AUGAAGUGCUCCGACGGCGACGUGCUGGGGUUCUCCGUCGGGCUGGGCAGCCGCAAGCGUUCGCCGGAGUACGCCUGCGUGUCGCGCCUUCGCCAGCGGCGACUCCUCUCCUUGCUCAAUCGGCAGGAGCUCUACAACACCUUCGACGCGCUUAUCUGCGAGUCGGAUGCGCUCAUGUACCCCGGGCAUCUGACCAAGCUCGUGGAGGCGGGCCGGUGGGAGGAGGCAUUCCACUACCUCUCCCGCUUCCUGCCCUCCGACCGUCUGCUCUCCGUCCACGGCCGCACUCUCCUCCACUUCCUCCGCGUGCACAAGGCCAUCGACGACAUCGUGGCCGGAGCGCCCGAGGGCCGCGCCGUCUCUGCGGCUCUCAAGCUCUGCUUCACCCUCGACGCUUUCCGCAGCAAGGGCAUCAUCAAGCUCCGUGCAAUGCUCUGGUCACUCGUCUGCUACACCGAAAAAAGGGACUCCCUGGACUUGGACCGCGUCAGAGACAAGGCGGCGUCCAUCAUCGUUGAAUUGAUUUCUCAAACUCCAGAGCUGAAAGACCAUAUGAGAUGCGCCCGCGGUCCAGUGAAACCCCACAACGUACUCCCCAUCGGCUUCGGUUUCCGUCCAAGGCGCCACGUGAAGCGAGGCCCCAUCCCAGGCUCUCUUCUUGUCAGCCACUAUCUUCGUAAGAGGAGGAUGCUUCCUUCUUCAACUUCAACUCACUGUGAAGCGUUGAGUUUUGCAUCCUUAAUUGAGGCCAAGGGACGGAUGGUGGAUCUUGUUGGUAAAACUUUUUCUUUGUUUAGUUAUACAACUUUGAAAGAGGGUAAGCGACAUCAAGGGUGCCCACUUCAAUCUGUCUCUAACAAAGGUGCUCCUGUUGGUCCAGUCUCAAACACUAAUCUUGAUGCAUCCAGGAGUCCAGCUACACAUUCUAGCCUCUCAUUGGACACCGACCUUGAACUCAAGGUGAGGGAAUGGGCAGUUUAUCUUACAGAUGAUCGGUUGGAAGCCUGGCCAGACACGAGUCAAGGGUAUCUGCAUAUUCGUCGAUCUGUCGACAAGGAUGUUGCCCAAGUCUCACAGACUAUCCCUGAUACCUGGACGACGCCUGCUGAAAGUUCUGCAAUUCCAUCAUUCACAAAAGCAGCUACUGAAGUUGUUGCAGAUGCUCCAUCCUUAGUGCAGGAGAAACGACCUGCUAUGUAUCAAUAUGGGAUCUCACCAGUGGCAGAUGCAGGUGUUCUACCCUCACAGGCCAUGUCUGCUAUGUGGCCAUAUCCUUAUGAUCGCCUUUUCAUUUCAACAGUGAAAAAUGCAGGUGCUCUAUCCUCUGAGGGCAUUUCUAAUAAUUGUGCAUCUCCUACUCCUUAUGAAUACUCUGUGGUCUCAGUAGUGAAAAAUACAGGUGCUCUACCCUCAGAUACCAUGUCAGCUAUCGAGGCAUCUCCUUCUGAAAACUCUCUGAUCUCAGCAAUGACAAAUGCAGGUACACAUAAGCAUUUUAGUGGAGAACAAUGCUAUACUGAGAAUGAUUGCCAGGGUUUCAGUCCAAGGAAGAAUCCAAGGAUGGAACUCACAACGGUUGGGCAAGGCCAUAAUCCAAAAAGGCAACGGAAAACUCUGGGUUCGCUGAUUGAAGCUGAAGCUGAAGAUCACGUCUCAGCGUGUUCUUGAGUGCACAACUGAGUGGUGGCAUCGACUCUGCUCGUGUUGCUUCUAUCUUUGUCAAAAGACUAUCUGUUAGGCUCCGAUCAUGUUAGACAAUAUCUGGUGCUGAAUGCUUCAGCUACGUUAUGCCAUGUUAAUUAUUAUGUUGUCAUGCAA